GUAAAACCGAACCCCCAACACUCUCUCCCUUUCUCUGUUCCUGGACAUCGGAGGGUUUUCGUUGAAACACGAGUCGGCUCUUUGACUCACUCACGGGUCACAAUCGAUGCAGCUCAAAAAACGAUAUCGCCUGGAGAAAGAGAAAGAAGACGGCACAAGUCCUAAGAUCAGAAAGUACUGGAUUCAACGUUACAAUCUAUUCUCGAGAUAUGACCAAGGUAUCAAAAUGGAUGAAGAAGGAUGGUACUCUGUGACUCCCGAAGAAAUCGCAGUCAAACAUGCUGAGAGAUGUCGUGGCAAAUCAGUGAUUGAUUGCUUCUCAGGCGUUGGUGGUAACACUAUCCAAUUUGCUAAAGUAUGUUCUUCUGUAAUAGCUAUCGACAUUGAUCCAUUGAAGGUAGAAUUGGCAAUUAACAAUGCAAUGGUUUAUGGAGUUGCUAAUCGUGUGGAUUUUGUUGCUGGUGAUUUCAUCCAAUUAGCUCCAUCUCUCAAAGGAGAUGUAUUGUUUCUGUCACCACCAUGGGGAGGACCAAUGUACAACAAAGUUGAGAGUUACAAGAUGAAUAUGCUCCAACCGAGAGACGGGUAUUCAUUGUUUCAGAUUGCUCAAUCCAUUACGCCUAAUAUCAUAAUGUUUCUACCGCGAAAUGUUGAUUUAUCCCAAGUGGAAGAACUCGCUUGGCUCUCCUCGCCUCCUCUGGCUCUUGAGAUAGAAGAAAACUGUGUUGGAGGCAAAUUGAAAGCCAUAACGGCUUAUUUUAGUUGCACUGCCCUUUAGUUGAGAAAUUGGAAGCAUUGCAUGAGAGUAACUAUCUUGCUGCAUCAGCCAACAGAACUCUUGUCAUCGGUUAUUUUGUGUCAAUAUAAUUUUGUUAAUUUCUUGAAGAGAUGUUUUUUUAUAUGUAUAUAUUAUUCUGAUUCUACUUCCAAGGAUUCCAAAACUCUUAAUUAUAUUCUUCGGUUAUAAAUUGUAUUAGAUGAGU